AAGUCCAACAAUUCCGAAGUUCUCAAGCUCCAGUACGUGUGCGAAGUACGCAUGAAUGGUGCCUAAUACUAAGUGCUUAUCAAGAGAAUGAAAAGUAGUUCGUCGUUUGGUAAAUAUAAGCAAUUAAAAAAUUUGUAUAGCAAUUAUUAUACACAAAGUCGGACAUAAAAACUCACCAGAACUCACACAGAGCGCUCACCAGAACUGUAGGCGCUGGUGCUCAGAGUUUUGCUCAAACUUGGGUCUGCUUGUGUUUUGAUUAUGGAACGCAACUAGAAUACUAAAGACGCGUGUUCUAAUCGGACUUGAUGAAGCACUGAUCUAUUUGUUGCUUUUUGAAGUAGUGAAUAAAUUAUAAUUUUUAAAUGUUGAAAACAUCGCUGGUGACAAGAUUUGUGUUUCAAGAUAGUAAAUAUGCAGGAAAACAUAAACAAAUACUUUUUAAACUGCCAAAUAAUGCAGAUUCAAGAAAAAAUUAUAGUCAACGAGCUUAUGUUCAGAACAUUGGUAAGGAGCCAUUGAUCUAUAGAAAUUUGGGUGAGCAAAUUUAUAGAGCUGCGGAAAAAUAUGGCAAUAGGCCAGCGGUAAUUUCUUGUUAUGAACAUCAGACGCUGAGUUUUAUUGACGUCACUAGAGAAGCUGAGAAUUUAGCUGUUAAAUUAAAGGAUUUAGGGCUGAAUAGAGGUGAUCACUUGGCAAUUUGGGCACCCAAUACCAUCCAAUGGUACAUCACCUUUCUUGCAGCAGGCUUAUCUGGUUUGCCUUUGGUAUGCAUGAAUCCAGCUCUUCAAGCACCAGAAGUCGAGUACGCGCUGAGAAAGGCAAAGGUUAAAGCUAUAAUAACAAUGGAUUCAUGUGGUAAACAAAAUUUUUAUGACAUAUUAAAAACAGUGUUAUCAAAAGAAAAUUUGAUUGAAAAGCAAAUAAAAUCGGAAAAAUUUCCUUUAUUGAGAAAUGUACUGGUGAAAUACGAAAAAUCUCUGGAAGACUUCAUUAGCUUUGCAGAAUUAUUAGCUCAACCAAUUAAUAUAAAAGAAUUUGAAAAUUUAAAUAAACUCGUAAAGGAGAUUUCCCCUGAUUCUAUUUGUAAUAUACAGUUCACCUCUGGCACCACAGGGCAGGCGAAAGCUACACUACUUUCACACUUUAGUCAUGUUAAUGUUGGGCAUCUAUUCGGACAGGCCCUCAGUAUGCACGAAGGACACAAACGAAUUUGUUUAACCGUGCCAUUAUUUCAUGCAUUCGGAUUAGGCAUACUUACAGGUUCUUUAGAUUAUGGAGCCACUCUUAUAAUGCCGAGUCCAACAUUUAAUGGAGCUGCAGCAAUAGAUGCCAUUGAAAAAGAAAGCUGCAAUGUAGUGGUGGGUACUCCAACAAUGUUUGUUGAUAUGUUGGAGAAGCAACAGGACAUGCAGAGAUCUAUGAAAAGUUUAGAACUGGCUUUAGUAGGUGGUGCAGCUUGUUCACCAGAAGUGUUUUUAAACGUUAAGACAGUUUUUAGUUUAAAGAGGAUGCGUAUAGGAUAUGGUUUGUCAGAGGCAACAGGGGCUAUAUUUGCACAAGAUGACACAGAUAGUUUAGAAUCAGCAGUAUUAUCUGUUGGCAAACUUUUUGAGCACGGUGAAGCGAAAGUAAUCAAUGCGGAAGGGCAAACAGUCGCAUAUGGGGAGUCUGGCGAAUUGUGUGUGCGUGGUUUCUUUACUAUGCUUGGAUACUUGGAUGAUGAGGUUAAGACUAGAGAGAUAUUAUCGUCUGAUGGUUGGCUUAGAACUGGUGACGAAUUUGUAAUGGAACCAACAGCUGUUGGUCGCAUUAUGGGACGCAAGAAAGAUAUAAUCAUUCGUGGUGGCGAAAAUAUAUUUCCAAAGGAAAUUGAAGACUUCUUGGAUACACAUGACGAUAUACUUGAAGCACAAAUUAUUGGUGUACCAGAUAAACGAAUGGGUGAGGAAAUUUGUGCAUUUUUACGUUUAAGACCCGGUGUAGCAAUUCUCACAGUAGACGAUAUAAAACAAUUUUGUAAAGGUAAAAUAGCCCAUUUUAAGAUCCCCAAAUAUGUUCAAGUCGUAGAUGAUUUUCCCAAAACCACUUCGGGCAAAAUACAAAAGUUUAAGUUGUCCAGCAUGUUUAAUGUAUAAGAAUUAUUAAAAAUACAAAAA